AGAUUCUGUUAUUUAAAGUUUAUGUGAUUGGUUUUCAUCAAAGUUAUGAAAAAAAAUCAAUUUGGAAACAGGAAAUGACAUCACUUUCGCUGGACACAAGCCCUCGGGAUAUUGUGGGAAUCCGUCACACACAUGUUGCCGAGCUGGACAUCCUGAGGUUACAGUCAACUCUUUGAAGAAUAAACGAAGAGGCCAGGAGAAGCCUGCUGCUAACGUGAAAAAGCCCAGGAAGGCAGAAGUUAAUUUCUGUCCAAGCAUGCCCAGUGGUGAAAAAAGAGAGAGUAUGGAGGCAAAAAGAGUGGCUUUACUGACAGAAGUAAAAAAGAAGAAAAAAGAUGAGGCUGAGAUCAAGAAAAUGAUGCAGCAUACUUUUUCAAGGAGGCAGGAGGUUCUUCAGGAGCCAGCAAUUGCAGAGUUUGUAGACAGAUGGCCGGCACUUUUUGACAUCUGUGAGAUCAACUUUGAAUUUAUGCGACUGACAACUGUACCUCUGACCUCCAAAUUCCUUGGAGAACUGGACUGUCACUCUGGCAAACUGAUAGAGAUUUUUAAUGCCAAAGGUGGUGCUGCAGGAAGAAAGAUCAGCGCCAUAAUGGCCCAGAUGAAUAAUAAUGAAGAUGUCAAUGUGAGGCGAGAUUGUGUGAUGAGCUGUCUGAGCAUCUAUCUCAAUGAAGACCUGGACACACUUGUUAAAGAAUAUGUGGUAAAUGGUGGUAGAGCUGUCACUCUGAGGGAAUUAAAUCCGCUUGGUCCAGAGGAACCUGAAGAUGAAGUUGUCCGGGUUCUGGCACCCACAUGCCCCUUUUCCGCCAGAAACAACAAUCCUCGCCUAAACAACAAGGAUGCAUGUUCUGGACUGUCUGCUUACGAACUCAAGCGCCUUGAGAACAUCGCGCAAAAGGAAGCCUUUUUGUCGUCUCUGAAGAUAUGGCAAGUAGUGGAGGAUCUGAGGCAGUCAGUGAAGCCAAAGCCCAAUGCCAAAAGGUUAACGGCUUCAUUGGAAGAAAAAUCUCUGCAGUCUCCCCGGAAAUCCCUCCGUUCUAAAACAGAAAACCUCACCCCAAGUGAAGGGUUGACCCAUAAUCAAGACAUUGAAUCCAGAGAGGCAGAGGAAGACAUGGCAGGAAAGACCAUGGGCAUCUACAAAGUACAAUCAGAGGAUCAUGGUCAAGGUGAUGGACGCUUCACUGAUGUCCGUGUUGUGCUGGAAGGUGUGGAGGUUCUCCACAACCUGCAGAGUGUCACUCAUGCAUGCGUUAUGUUAUAUGGCCUGAUCUACGCGCUCAAUUUGAACUACCCUAAAAGCCUGAAGUGUACAUUUGAGGUGUACCAAAAAAUCCUGAUGGACCUGGACUCAACCAAGCUUUCCCCGAAAGUACAGACACUGGACUGAAAAUGGACUGGACUGAAAAUGGAUCUCGGAGUACAGUUUUAUUUUUUAUUUAUUUAUUUUUUAGGGUGUCCAAGCAGUCAUGUAAUGUUCGAGUGUGGCUGUGUAAGUGGGUUCAUAUGGAUGGUUUCCUAAAUGUUGGCUGAUGUUAACUUGGCUCAAUCCAGAGUUUUGUA